ACAACGGAUGUCUUCAAAAUGUGAAGAAAGUAAAACGCAAUCCAAGACUUCCAAUAGAUAGUGUUAAUAAAGGUUCAACAAUAUCCGAAGGCUCAAACUUGCAUGCGUUCCUCUUUGUUCUCAUUAAAUAUGCAGAAGAAUUAAUGAGGAAAAAAUUUAAUGAGAUCGUUAAACCAGAGAACUUAAAAGAGCAUAUAGAAAAGCAUAGAAAAUCUUUUAAAUCUUUUAAAUCUUUGGAAGAAGUACAGGGAAAACUAUUGUUUCCUGAAAAUGGAGAAGUUAGUACAGAUAAUUUUGAUGUUACCACCCUGUACACAUUGUUUCGGCGAACUUUAGAAAACAUAAAGCCCCAAAACGGAUGGAAUGUUUUUCCAGGAGACGAAAAUAUUACCCUUGGUGAUGAUAUUGAGAGAAUCCAUAUAAUCAGGAACUUCGUGGUUCAUCUUCCACUAAAUAAAGAAUUUGAAAAGAUGAAAAAAUACAAAGAGGUUUUGCUUCAGGUGUUGAUUAAUUAAUAUAUGGCACAU